AUACCAGAGGGGGUGCGGCCAAUGCCUCACUCAGAGACUCCGCAGGCUGAAGCUUCGGCUGAGAUUACGAGCUGUGGUGGGCACUUCCCCUGUACAAUUCUUGAUUAUCUGGGUUACCUUCUUCAGGGUAAGAUUGCAUCAAUCUCUUCUCCCAGGACUGCCAAAGAGAGAGGAAAGACGAGCAUAUCUCAGCCGAGAAGGGAAACAAGCAGCAGAACCUGUGGAGAGCCAUCUUGGGUCUCUUUUGUCCUGACUGCGUCUGAUUCAAUAGCAGUGUCGAGAUCAGCUGGACCCUCACCAUGAGCCAAGAGCUGGAAGCUGAGAAAUAUGAAGGUUCUUUCCAAGAGGCAGCUGUGCCCCACUUUGUGAAGAGUGUCUCUUCACUGCUGGCCAUGCUCAAGAUCGUUCUCCAAGUUGGUGUCGGCGAUUUGACCGAGAAACAAAUGAGCCUUUUCCAGGAGGAGACCAAGGCCGCGAACAAUGAGGCUCAGGAGUCGGCCCGGCGGGCCGGAGAGCUGGGGGACUUGAUCGAUGGUAACUGUGUGAAAAUGACAGCUGAGUAUGGCGAGGUAAGCAGGAGCAGGAAGGAGCUGGCUAGCAGCCUGCAGGAGAAGCAGAAUAAACUCCGCUCACUGGAGACGGAGAGGGAGAUGCUCCAGGGCAAACUGCAGACAGCUAAGAUUGACCUGAGACAAGUUGAAGACUCUCUGAGAGCAGCAACAGCCAAAGUUGGAGAGAAAGAAACGAGAAGAGACGUUGGCAUCGGUCUGAGUUUCCUGCUCCCUUGUGUGGGUAUCGCUAUGGCUGUGGCCUUUGAGAAGGAGCGACAGUACAUGAAAUGUGAGGUGGACGUAGUCUCGGAAGACCACUCAUCACUCAAGUCCAGCAUCAUCAAGGAUGAAGAUCGGCUGAACAAGAUCAACAGUGAAGUCCAUACGCUCUACAAUGAGAUCAAUGUGAUUAGUGAGAGAUUGGAGGAAAAUAAGGUGGCUGAGCUUGCCCUGAAGGAGAGUCGUGCUGAGCUAGCCAAGCUACAGGGCAGGAUGAGGAACUGCUUCCAAUACUUAACCACGUUUCGGGGGAAAGUGGGGGUUCUGAAGUCCCAGAGCCAACACAUGUACAACCUGAGGCUACUCCUCCCAUUCCUGGAAGAAGCUGGUCUUCAAGCUCAGCAAGUGCCAGACACUGAGCAGCUCUUCAGCCACAUCCAGGUUAACAAGGUAGUUGGGGAUCUGAAAGCACUGCUCCCCAAAAUAAAGGAUCUCCUGCUGUCUGAAGACAGCAGUGACUACAUGAAGUAAAGAGCCUAUUCCAAAGGUGAGGGUAGGGCUGCAAUUAAUGGGAGACAACAGUCUGCAGUGUUACCUUUAACUUGACUUCAAACUAGUUAGAGGGUUGGGAGGAGAUGGGGGGUAUUUAUACAGUCACUGCCAAGUUGGUAGUGAGGGCAUUAACUAAGCAAUCUUGCGGAUGCCUCUGUUUUACAGUCACAUUUGUCAAUUUAAUGAUCCUUUGUCACUGGGAUAUGCCAACAGAAAGGUAAAGCUCUUAACCUCACCAGGUCUUGUAUUUCUUUCUGUCAAUCUCCGCUCACUAACAUUCUGCAGGUGUGUGCAGCUGUUGGGGAAGUAGUCAGCAUCUGCAGUAGCUCCCUGUCUCUCUUGGGUCAGCUUUAUGUUGACCCCAUUACCUAGCCUGUGCUCUGGGCAUCUUCAUGUGCUUUCUGUCUGAAACCCCCUUGUCACUGUUUGUUUUUGGUUUCAAAAUAAAUUCAAUACAUUCAAAUAAA